UCAUCCCCUGAUUCCGCCUCUCCCCUCUGAGAUCUCCCGCUCUCUCUCUCUCUCCAAAAAAAAUGAAAGAGAUCGGCGACGAAUCCUUGUUCAGGAACUGCCUCCUAACCCUAAUUUUCUCCGGCCCACCCACCGCCUUCGCUCUCAAAUUCCUCCAAGCACCGUACGGUAAACACAACCGUCCGGGAUGGGGACCCACCGUUUCGCCGCCGGUCGCCUGGUUCGUCAUGGAGUCUCCGUCACUAUGGGUCACUCUCCUCCUCUUCCCCUUCGGUCGUCACUUUCACGAUCCCAGAUCUCUCCUUCUGAUCUCUCCCUAUCUCCUCCAUUACUUCCAUCGCACCAUCGUCUACCCCCUCCGCCUCCACCUCAGCUCAUCCGCCGCCGUGAAACGCGGAUUUCCGGUCACCGUCGCUGCCAUGGCUUUUGUGUUCAAUCUCCUCAACGCCUACAUCCAGGCUAGGUGGGUUUCUCACUACAAGAGUGACUACGACGAUACGAAUCGGUUUUGGUGGCGGUUUGGCAUUGGUAUGGUGGUUUUCUUAACCGGGAUGUGGAUAAACAUGGAAUCGGACCGGAUUCUUGUAAGGCUAAAGAAAGAGAACCGGGGCGGUUAUGUCAUACCAAGAGGAGGCUGGUUCAAGUUGGUUAGCUGUCCGAAUUACUUUGGGGAGAUCGUGGAGUGGUUAGGCUGGGCCGUGAUGACGUGGUCUUGGGCUGGGUCAGGGUUUUUCUUGUACACGUGUGCCAAUUUGGUCCCUCGCGCACGUGCGAGCCAUAGUUGGUAUAUGGAUAAGUUCAAGGAUGAGUAUCCCAAGAAUAGAAAAGCCGUUAUUCCUUUUCUGUAUUAAACCGAGUUCCGGUUUGAAAAAC